CUCAAGCUGCGUUCGGACGAGACCGUGCCGGGCUUUAGCUCGGCCUCGCCCUGGCCAACGCUCGAGCUGGAAUGGGGCCGCAAGCUGUACCCGUCCUCGGUGCCGCGGGGCGCCGGAGGCAUGAUGUUCGGCCUCCCACCGACCGGGGCGGACAUGAACCAACCGCGCGGUCCCAUGACGUCGCUCAAGGAGGAACCGCUUGGGGCGCGAGCCUGGAUGCAGCCGGCCGUCGAUCAGGCGAACUUGGGCAUCGGACGGGCGCACUUCGAGAAGCAACCGCCAAGCAACCUGCGGAAGUCAAACUUCUUCCACUUCGUCGUCGCGCUGUACGAUCGCGCUGGCCAACCCAUCGAAAUCGAACGAACCGCUUUCAUCGGCUUCAUCGAGAAGGACCAGGAACCGGAUGGCCAGAAGACGAACAACGGCAUCCAGUACCGGUUGCAGCUUCUCUACGCUAAUGGUGCCCGUCAGGAGCAAGAUAUCUUCGUUCGGCUGAUCGACUCCGUAACUAAACAGGCUAUCGUAUACGAAGGACAAGACAAAAAUCCGGAGAUGUGCCGAGUACUGCUGACGCACGAGGUCAUGUGCAGCCGGUGCUGUGACAAGAAAAGCUGCGGAAAUCGCAACGAAACACCGUCAGAUCCUGUGAUUAUCGAUCGAUUUUUCCUUAAGUUUUUCCUCAAGUGCAACCAAAACUGUCUGAAGAAUGCUGGAAACCCGAGGGAUAUGCGACGAUUUCAAGUAGUGAUAGCGACCCAGGUGGCCGUGGACGGGCCUCUGCUGGCCAUCUCGGACAACAUGUUCGUCCACAACAACAGCAAGCACGGGCGCCGGGCGAAGCGGCUCGAUCCCGAAGGUACAGCCAAUUCUCCGUUGGCAAUGUCGGGCCACCAUCUGGCCCCGGACAGUACGUACGACGGCAUCUACCCACCACUACCGAUGGCUACACCCUGCAUUAAGGCCAUAUCGCCGAGCGAAGGUUGGACCACGGGCGGUGCCCAGGUGAUUAUCGUGGGCGAUAAUUUCUUCGACGGACUACAGGUCGUCUUUGGCACUAUGCUGGUGUGGAGUGAGCUCAUCACAUCACAUGCGAUUCGAGUGCAAACUCCACCGCGUCACAUACCGGGUGUGGUCGAGGUAACUCUGUCCUACAAGAGCAAACAGUUCUGCAAGGGAUCACCGGGACGAUUUGUCUAUGUUUCUCUUAGUGAACCGACGAUCGACUACGGUUUCCAGCGACUGCAGAAGUUAAUUCCGCGCCAUCCGGGAGAUCCGGAGAAGCUUCCCAAGGAGAUCAUCCUCAAGCGGGCCGCGGAUCUGGCGGAAGCACUCUACUCGAUGCCCCGCUCGCCAAACGGUUCGUCCGGAUUCAAUUCCUACAGUGGACAGCUGGCCGUGAGUGUGCAGGAUGGCACUGGCCAGUGGACUGAGGAUGAGUACACCCGAGCCCAAAGUAGUAGCGUUAGUCCACGGGGCGGAUACUGUAGCAGCGCGUCAACACCGCACUCCUCCGGUGGAGGCUCUUAUGGCAGCAGUAAUGGCUAUGCGACCGCACCGAACAUGACUGGCCUCUCGUCAUCUCCAGCGAGCGUCUUUAAUUCAUCUACAAGAAUUAAUGGACUGAUGAGUGGAGGAAGCGGUUUCAGCCCGUACUCGAUGACGACCUGCGGCUCGCAAGGCUACACACCGAGUCCGCUGGCAGCGACCACCACAUCCAAAUGA